GUGCUUUCUGUAUCCAAAGACGGAGAGCUUCACCAAAAAUUUGAGAAACUUAUUUCUGAAAUCAACAAACCAGGAGCCAAUUAUAUCCUCAGUCUAGCCAACCGGCUCUUUGGAGAAACAUCAUAUGAUUUUCUUGCAUCAUUUAUAGAAUCCACUGAGAAAUUCUACCAUGCAGGUCUGGAGAAACUUAACUUCAAACAAGCUUCAGAAGAUUCGAGAAGACAUAUAAAUGCUUGGGUAGAAGAAAAAACCUCAGGUGAGAACGAUAAUAAGAGUUUAGUAUCUGCAUUCAGUAAGACAUGCAAUAUUGUGUGUGCAUGUGAGAGAAACAGACAAGGCAGGCAAAACCACCAUAGUUAACUUUUACUUGCUACUUUGAAGCCCAUCAAACCUCUAUGAAAUUCUAGCCAAGAAUAGUUGUUUGAUUUUGUCCAUGGACACAUCU